AUGGAAAAGCGUAUUGCAGGCCAUUUCAUCCCCAAGAAUACAAUAAUCAUUCCUAAUCUAUAUGGUGCCCACCAUGAUCUAGAGGUCUGGGAUGAUCCAUACAGCUUCAAACCAGAACGCUUUUUGGAAGGUGGUGGAGGGUCCCUUCGUGCCCUGAUUCCUUUUGGAGGAGGGGCCCGACUGUGUCUGGGAGAGGCAGUAGCCAAAAUGGAGAUGUUUCUCUUCACUGCCUAUCUACUGCGAGACUUUCAGUUCCUGCCUGCCAGUAAAGAGGAGCCUCUGCCUGACCUGCGAGGCGUCGCCAGCGUGGUUCUUAAAGUCAAACCAUACACAGCUAUAGCACACCCAAGAGAACAGUAA